CCCAGGUUUGUUUCUCAGGAGAAAUAGAAAGCGGAAGGAACAUGGCAUUGAAAUCGCAGGCAGUUCUCCAGAAAGCGAUCCCUGCCCCGCUCUGUCUCCUCUUCUGGAGAGCUUGCAAUUUCUGCAUGGCUUUCUUUUUCGCGCUCGCCGCCUACGUGCAGAUUAAUGAUCCAGAUGCAGGAAUAUGGAUUGUUGCCUACGUAAUCCCUGCUGUAUUGUCCUUCCUCGUUGGGUUGAAUCCACCAAUCACAGACAACUUCAUCUGGAGAAGUCUCUCAGAAUUGCACAUGUACAUGUGUUCCAUGGUAGCAAUCCUGUGGGGUUGGCGGCUUCAUCAAGCUUCAACAAACAACAUUUUCCAAGAGGAGGAAGGACGGGAGUUUCUGGGAUUAGUUAUUAUCGUUAUUUGGACUCUUUUGUGUCGACAUUCGGGGAAGCAUCUUGGUGGCUUCAGGCUUUCCAUUGCAGUUCUCAUUACAGUCCUACCAUUCAUAACAUGGCUAUAUUACUACAUCAAUAAAGAGCUACGAGCAUCCUGGCCAGAUCACUGCAGGAACACCAUUUAAACAGGAGAUUAAACCAACAAUCGGACCACGUGAAGAGCUUUGAACAAGUUUGAAAUGGAUUGAACCUAAAACUGAAGAAAUGGUUUUUAUUUGUUCUUCAGGGCUGCCAGUCCAGCUGAUUUAGAUAUGCGAAAGAAAAUUACUCUUCUCUAUUUUGUACUUAAUUUAACUUGUAAUUAAUACUAAAUUAUGUUAAUUUUAUAAUGUAUGUGUCAAUUUGACAUCUGUGAAUCAGAAGGUUUCAAAUCAAAACCACACUAUAGGUCUUCAGCAUUUUGUCUGUGUUGAAACAUUUUUGCAAUGGCGUUUUCACUGCCUUGGCAGUUUGAGCUAAACGCUAUUAUGUUUGAUAUCAUGGGCAGCAAUAAGACUUAGAUCUCAAAAUUUCUAUCUGCAAUGAAUGUACAACAAUGUUUAGGAUCAUUUCAUAAUUGCCGGGUCUAACAAGCUCAUCCUUUACAGCAGGUGCUAUAGAUCUAACAGAAAGCAACAAGUUUGCUGUGCCUAAUGGAUUUACUCAACUUUGUUUUGGAAAAGUGUAUUUUUGUAUAUCCAGAAUGGAGGGUAGGUCCAUCUGUAACAUAAUGUAAUUGUGAAUUAGAUACUGUAUUUUGAUUGAAGUCAACAGUUGUAAACUUUACUGUAGGAUAUUUCUAAUGAGGAAACAGCUUUGUUGACAUCAUUAUAUAAUUAGAUUCCCUACAGUGUGGAAGCAGUCCAUUUGGCUCAACAAGUCCACACUGACCCUCCAAAGAGUAACCCACCCAGAGCCAUUUCCCUCUGACUAAUGCUCCUAACAUCAUGGGCAGUUUAGCAGGGCCAAUUCACCUGACCCGCACAUUUUGUCAUGGAAUAUGGGAGGAAACCCACACAGAUGUGGGGAGAUUGUGCAAACUCCACACAGACAGUCGGUCACCCGAGGCUGGAAUCGAACCCAGGUCCCUGGUGCUAUGAGGCAGCAGUGCUAACAACUGAGCCACUGUAUCACCCUAUAUAAUGCUAUUCCUUUUACACAAUCUUGCUGAUUACUGCAGUUGUAAGCUUGAUGUCAUAUUUCUGUGCUUGUCUCACCAAAUCUAACUCACACGGAAAUCAUUUUAUUCAGUCAUUUCCACACUUUGAACAAUUUUUGUCCCACAAAUGUGCUUUACAUGAGUGAUGACUAAAGCUGGGCAUGACCUACUCAAAUACAAACUAAAAUGAAUUUAAAAUAUCUAGUUGAACACCAUUUGAAAUGGAAACUUAAGUUCAUAUGUAUUGCUUCUCAACCUCACCAGCCCUGAAAAACUGUUUUUUU